AUGAUCAGAGAACCUUGGUCCAAUCCUAGCAGGCUAGGCCCCAAUGAUCCGCUACCUCAUCGACGUCUGUCUACGCAUGAGUCGUACCAGCCACGAGCUGUAGACUCUCAAAGUGUCCAGUCACAGAACUAUCACACGCCUUCCGCUCAAAGCCAUGGGCUCGUCUCCCCCGUCCCUACCAAUGGACUGGGUUUCGCGGAGCGCUCGUCGCCAUUACCGCCAUUUGAUCUAUUAUACACUCUUGUGGCGCUUUUCUUCGAGCAUAUUAAUUGCUGGCUACCAAUAUUGGAACACAAAUCAACUGUCGACAGACUCUUUGGGUCUGCGGCCCUCGAUGAGGCGGACAAUGUGCUUCUGCAUGCACUCGUUGCAGUGUCGCUUCGAUUCUGUCAGGACCCUCGUCUCACAACACACAUUAGACAGCAGUAUCAUCAAACCUCUAAACACACGGUGCAGUUGUUCGCUCUGGAGAACUCGAGUGUCAGAGCACUCCAGGCACUGACGAUUCUUGCAUUAGACGUCACUGGCGACACCAACGGUCCGCCUGGGUGGAACCUGAUCUCCUUGCUGGCUCGUAGUGUUGUUCAGCUUGGACUUGCAGUCGAGACGACCACGACUUUGACUGCCUCGAAAUAUCCAUCUAUUUCUACCUUACGAGCCGCAGUCCUUCCGGAAGCCUUGUCCUUCAUAGAGGACGAAGAACGGCGCAGGCUGUUCUGGUCUGCGUAUAUGCUGGACAGGUACGCAACAAUUGCAACAGCUUUCGAGUUUGCCCUCGACGAAAAGGAAGUCGAUCGCCGCCUGCCCUGUCGUGAAGCAUUCUUCGCUGCGGAUCAAGCAGUCGAGACGAGCACGUUUCGCACGCCGACGCGCAGCAAAGUCGUGUCAGCUGCGAGCUCCCCCAGCAGCCACUUUGCAGCUUGGGUGGAAGUACUGGGAAUACUUUCUUCCAUCCAUCGGUUCCUCAAGCGUCCGGUUGACAUCGGCUCACUGACAGAUAUCGAGCAAUGGCAAGGCACAUAUCGACGACUGGAUGGCGAAUUGAAUGCGUGGUUGUUCAACAUACCAGAUGAGUAUGCCAACAUCACGCGCUUGGUCGAGUCCAAAGUUCCUUCUCGUGGACAGGACUGUGGUUGGAUACAUGUACAAGCAGCAUAUUACCUGGCUGUCAUCAGACUGAAUUCGUCAGCAGCAUAUCCGUCCCAAACCUCGCCUUUGUUCUCGUCAUCUUACAGCGCCAUGCAGCGUUGUUUGCGGGCUGUGGACAGUGUUCGUAAGCUUGCGAACCAUGUUCAAGUCAGCGGUCUCCUCGAUCACAUGGGUCCAUCCUUCGCAUUCUGCGUGUGGGUAUGCGCACGAGUCACACUUGUGCAUGGUUCGACAAUGGACCACGAAAUCGACCCCGAUCUCGGUGUCUUUGUGUCAAUUCUCUCUGCGAUGGGUGUGUAUUGGGAUGCUUCACGAAGGUACGCUGAGAUACUCAAUCGUGUUCUUGGUGAGUAUCAGCAGUCAAGGGCGAGUACAAACAGUGACGGGAGACGUGGGAGUCCAUCCACGGUCCGGAUUCUCGCAGAUAUGAGACGAUGUGCAUAUGACCUUGACUUCUUGAUCUCUCGUCAACCACAUCACGCCACGCGCUCAUAUCAUCCAACGCGCGCAAACACCCCGCAGCCCAAUGAGUUUGAGUACCUCGAUGUGUUUGACCUUUUCAACUUCCCACGUCUACACACGAACGGUCCAGACACAUCAGGCGACAGCGUUCCUCAGUCUGUCAUGCAUCAGAUGCAAUCAGCUGUUGCUUCGGAUUUGGUUGCCGCAGAGGACUCUGUCAUGAUGCCGAACUUUCCUGUUCCCAAUCCCGAAGAGGACUGGUUGUACCAUACUGCACAUGUACAGUGA